AUGGAGCUUGAAGACACGAGCAGCAAUGCUCUCAGAUCAGAGGACGCCAUGGACGUUGAUCCUCAGCCGCAAGACCCUAAACCUGAAAUUCGCAAAGGGCCCAAGUGGCAGAUUAGGACCGACAGUCUUGUUCGUCCUGUGAGUAGCGGAAAGGCCAACCCACUUGCCACAAACGUUUCUCAGACGAUUGCUGCCAUAAACAAGAACAGCUUCCAGGCCAGCGGCAAAUGGAGCUCGACUGUAGACAACAUGGCAUCCGCAAGGCAGUCCAUAGAUUCAAGUCGCUCCAAGGUCACGAGUUACACAAUUGCUACGGACAAGGUUGACAGCGUCCUUGGGAGUAACGUAUCGAUCUCUACUACGCAUGCGAGCACCCGCCGCCCGCUUGGCGACACGAGUCGUGCUAAUCAUGCUACGAUCAGUCUUCAAGCCGAUACGAACAAGUCAUCAAAUUCUCAGACGACUUCUGUUGAUCAAGAGAACAAGAGAUCUUCGUAUCCGCCCGUUGCUGUCAGGAGGCAAAGCUUGAUAAAUAUGCACUCUGCCCAACAACGGCCGAGGAGUCCUACAGGAUCAAUUGCGUCAACAACGUCCGCAGUUCCACGACCGCGACGCCCAAGCGGAACAAACGUGUCAUCACGGCUAUCAUGGAUUCAAAGUCUCGAAAAUGGCAGCCAGAAUCCUGGCCAUGAGUAUAUGCUGAAGAAGCUCGAGGGCGGCGUUGCGGACAAGCUUCGACGCUUCGAAAGUCAAAAUAACCAAGCAAGUGGUUCAGUGUCGAGGUCUCAGUCCGCGACUAGAUCAAGUGACGCGUACAGCAUCGAAGCCAGACGCAUGUCCAAGACUACUACCGCUGAUGAAAGCUUCCGCAAGAAGCUCGAAGAGCAGUUCCAGAAGAAGAAAAAGGAAGACGAGGAGCGAGAGAGGAAACGGGCCAGUCUGAACAAUACAUCCAGAACUCCCCAGCAGAUUAUUGAUUACGCCGAAUUGAACGAUAGAGACCGUGAAGCGGCUAUCAAUGAUCUCAUGAAGGACGGAAAAGGCUUGGAAAACGCACGAGCUCUCGACGCGCAAGCCAGAGCUGUUCUAAAAACUCAGCCUCGAAAUGGGACUCAGCGGUCAGGUACCAUAUUCCAGAACGAGUCUGCUAAAACCGUCAGCGCCCUGGAGCAGUCUGCUAUCAACCAGCGCAAAGUUGAUGUUCGUGGUGCGCCCCACAAAUUUGGGGACGCUGUGCCGAGCGGUCCGCGGGCGCAGUCCACAGUCGGCCUGCUGCGUACUUUGUCUGUUCAGCAAAAGCCGAAGCAGACGACCAUUACGAAGCCUCCUCGUCCGGUGAGCUAUACAGCGGUGCCUGUCAUCGUUGACGAUGAUUACGACCCCUUUAACUACGCUUCCUAUCCUAGCAGAAGCUCAAUCUACAGCAAUCCACCCGAGCCCCCUGCGAUGACACCUGAGAUUGAAGUUUCGGAGAAGGAGGCCGUCCCAGAAGUAGAAUCCGGAAACGAAGCAGCAGAGUCUCCUACUACUGCAGACGAAAAUUCUGCCACGCAGGCAGGAGUCGUAGCUGAAGCUGCUACUAGGCCAGAGAAAGACAAAGUCAGAUCUCCCACUCCAGCAGCUUCCGCAGAGAUGUCUGAAAACAAGGAGCAGGAAGCUGCAAAGGUGACAGAGGAACCAUCGUCUACCCCAGACGUAAAGAAAGAACGUGAUUCCACUCCUACCCAGACAGCCUCUAGUUGGGCAUCACGCUUCCAAACCCAGGGCGGUUCACAUCAAGCUAAAGACGUCACGAAGACUGCUGAGCUCGCGCUUCCAGCGCCAGCGAAAACAACUCGGGUAGAAAUGGCGGACGCCGAAAUUGAUACGGCCCAAGCCGUGGAGAAAGAAGUGAAACCGAAAGCCAAAGAAAAGCCCUCGCCUGCAGUACUAGCAUCGAAGCUCCCGCUGCGUGGAGGUUCUCAAAAGCCCGCUGCUGUCCUUGCAAGUGCUGCGGCAGCAACGGACCCGGAAACUUCUGAGGCUCUUGUUGCCCAAGAAGCAGUUCCUGCGUCGCCAACAUUGAUCGAUGUCGUUAAGCCAAAGAAGGCAACCACAGAAGCUGAUGCAAAAAUUUCCACUGCCGCUGUCGCCGCAUCAGCGAGACCUAGACUUGAAGAGGCAAAAGAGAAGGAUGAGACUGAAAAAUCCGACGCGAAGAGUGCAGACGUUAAAUCCGCUGGCACGGAGCUACCGAAAGCAUCAAAGCCAGCCGAAGAGGUUUCUACGUCCGCGCGGCCAUGCACGCCUCCAAAGCACACCCCAGCCUCUCUACUCCUUACGAAUGGGAGUGUGAAGAUUGCCAGUCCAUGCAGCAGCCCAAGGUCGCCAAAGGAGUUCAAUGCAGCCGCUUUGCCACGGCUAGGCACCACAUAA